AACCAUACCGUUAUCAGCGGAUUGAUUUACUCUCUGUAUUGGUAAAUAUGAUCACGUGAUUCAUGUAACCAAUCACUGAAGUUGAAGCCAGCAAAAAUACUAUGAUUGUUCGGAGGCAAGGUUUCCGUAACAGUGUAACCUUUUAUAUGACUACGAGGGGAUCCAAAAAUGUCGACAAGUUCAGCUCUGAGCAACUAUUAUGUGGACUCUAUAAUGGGACACGAGACGGAGGACGUGUACGGUGCGCGUUAUGUUCAAAGCCCGCACUCGGCGGCUGCUAGGCCGUCAGGUGUAGGGGAAAAUGCGGAUUUUUCUUCCUGUAGCUUUGCUCCCAAGGCAGCCGUGUUUCCUACGUCCUGGUCCUCGGUUCAUCCGCCGUCCACAGCUACGGUGUCCGGAAUUUACCAUCCAUACAUGCACCAGUCCCACAUCGCAUGUGCAGAUAACAGAUACGUGCGUUCCUGGGUAGAUCCGAUCUCGAACCACAUCUCCUUUUCUGGGUUUCAUUCGAGUAAUCGUCAGAGCGGGACAAAGGCGGAAAUUUUACCGCCGAAAAGGACUGAGAGCUCUGCGUUCGGCCCUGAUACUCCACCGGCCCCAGACUACAGCUGUAGCGCUUUAGCCGAGUGUGUACAGAAAGCUACCAAAGACACCGCUGAAAAAAAUAUUCCCAACCAAAACGAGCCCAAAGAGGAGAAACAUCAACAACAACAACUUGACCCAAGCAACCCAGCAGCAAACUGGAUUCAUGCACGUUCAACGAGAAAGAAACGAUGUCCAUAUACAAAAUACCAAACACUGGAACUGGAAAAGGAAUUUCUUUAUAACAUGUAUUUGACGAGAGAUCGCCGUUACGAAGUUGCACGGAUUCUGAAUUUGACGGAGAGGCAGGUGAAGAUCUGGUUCCAGAACAGAAGAAUGAAAAUGAAGAAGAUGAACAGAGAGAGGGGAAGCCAGGAGCCUCAGUGAAUAAUACUGCGGGCAGCGCGCCGCGCCAAGUGUCCUCUAUGUAUAUGAGUAAUAUGUUACCUUUAGAUCGAGGUUAUCAGAGCCUCACUGGUUUAUGUUCUUGUGUGUCUUUGUGAAAUUAUUUUAUGAAAAAAAACACAAUCUUACAUUCUGAUUAUUUUGGAUCGGAUGUACAGAGAGUCUUAAAAUAAUUAUGAUUUGUUCAUUCUUGAAACAAAUGUUGAAAAUGGUGUGCACGCAGGUAAAGUACACGCACUAGUUAUGUUAAAUGCAAUCUGGAAUGUGUUUGUUAGUGUACACUUAAAUAAAUGUUAAGUGUGUACAGCACACUGAUUUGAGGAACAGUAUUCAGUACCAGGCCGUGCUGCUUUCCCUAGUUGGCUGUAGUAACGUAGUAUUAAUGAAGUAGGUAUAUUAUGGUGUAUGUCUGCAUAUGAAAACAAGUUUAGAGACUUAACAGGAUUUUGCAAGAUGAAUUUUGAAAAGAAAAUGUCGUUGAGGAUUAGUUUAUUAUAAAUGAGAUACAGGAGGUCUAACUACCUAGCUGAGUGCUGGUUUUGGGCAGAUAUUAAUUUAACACUACCAUGUAUAAUAAAUGCAUCUAUCUAUGUCCAUAUAUUGAAA